GAUAAGACUGGAGAGAGUGAGAGAGAGGAGAUGAGCGGGUGUUUUCCGGCGCCGGCGGUGAUCUCCGGUGCGGCAAUCACUCAGAUUGUUUGGGGCAGAAGAACAUAUCCGGUGUCUCAAUUCUCAAUCUUCUCCUCAACCUCGUCUUGGUUUGUUUACAAUCACAGUAAGCAUUAUGAUCGGAGAAGAAGGCGGAGGCUUUCGAUAUCGGAAGAACGGAGAGCUCUAUACGGCGUCGGCGUUUCAUUACAGCAACAAUGGGACUGUGAAAGUGAAAAUGAAAGAAGAGAAGAUAACGAAUGGGUGGUGGUGAAUUUCUACCAGUUUGUGAUGAUCGAAGACGCGGAGGGAGAGGUGGCCAAGCAUCUGAGAUUCUUGGAGGGUCUUGAUAUACGUGGCAGGAUAUACGUGAACGAGCAAGGGAUCAACGCCCAGUACAGUGGGCCGAGGAGAGACGCGGUUGCGUAUGUUGAAUGGGUGAGAGAGGAUGAGAGAUUUGCUGACGUGUUGGUGCAGAUUUCUGCAGCGCCAAAUGGGCAUGCGUUUCCUAAGCUCAAGCUGCGGUAUAAGCCUUCACUGGUUCAGUUGGAAGGAGGUAUUAGUCAUCUUCCUUUGCUGGACCCUGCAAUGCGAGCUACACCUCUAGCGCCGUCCGAGUGGAGGAAGAGAUUGGAGACGGUGAACACUGCUGAUGCUGCAACUCAAAGUCCGAAUGCGGACUAUAUUCUUUUGGAUGUGAGAAAUGGUUAUGAGUGGGAUAUUGGUCAUUUUAGCGGGGCUCGAAGGCCAGAUGUGGACUGCUUCAGGAGCACUUCGUUUGGGCUAUCUCAACCAGAGGUCAUUGAUGCAGAUCCAUUAGCAGACGUUGAUAAAGAAACAGAUAUAUUGAUGUAUUGCACUGGAGGUAUCCGGUGUGAUGUAUACUCCACAAUCCUAAGGCAACAGGGCUUUCAAAAUGUAUACACCUUAAAGGGGGGUGUCUCUCAUUAUCUAAAAAAUGAAGGUUCUGUAAAGUGGGUUGGGAAUUUGUUUGUGUUUGACUCUCGUCUUUCUCUCUCCCCUGAUACCUACAAGCCUGAAGCCAUAACCGAACCAAGCAGAGUUGAAGUUGAAGUUUCAGAGAACAACACAUUUGCCAGAUGCUACAUAUGUGGUUUACAAGUCUGUGAGUUAAGGCAUCGAAACUGUGCAAAUCUUGACUGCAACCUACUUCAUCUAUGCUGUAUGAACUGUGUGGAGAAUUUAAGAGGAUGUUGCUGUUCAAAGUGCACAACUGCUCCUCGACUUAGACCUGUUCUUCAAGGUCCCCAUAGAUAUGAAAAAUGGCACACGUACCGGGAUUUGACAUCACAAACCAAGUCGACAGUUUGAUCACAAGUCUAAGGCAGAAAUUGUGGUCAACAACUUAUUUGUGCUCCUUGUCAAAAAAUGAAAAGAAACUUGUUUGUGCUCCUGUUUGAAACAAGGCUUGUUAGCUAGUGGGGAUGGAACUCAUGGAAGUUAGUUUUGUGUGCGUGUAUACAAAAGCAAAGUUCAGCUUGUGAUAUAUGAUAACCGGAGUUUAUAC